UACCCGGGUCGGACCACCAAAAAAGGGUCCGACCUGCGGUGGUGGUUGGACCUGUACCUGCUGAGGCGGAGCGAAUUGGGUUGCGGCCACGCUGCUACUGCCGCCGCCAUGAACCGGCGGCUGCUGGGGGAAAAUGAAAUUCUGCUGGAACGCGGGUUGGUGGUGCGGGUUGAAAAACCCGAGCUCCUUGUCGUAGAGGGCUUUGCUGGAAGGGUUGGAGAGGACGGACCAGGCGUCGACGACGAGGCGGAAGGCCUGGUCGGCGAAGGGGAAUCUGUUCCGCUGGGGGUUGAGGUGGAGGACGAGGCUCCGGUACUGGUCGGCGACGAGGUCGGCGUCGCCGCCCUGCGGCGGCGUGAGGCGGAGGAUCGAGUAGAAAUCGGGCUGGUUGUUCCCGAUCCGGCGGUCCCCGGCGAGGAGCGUGUCUACCACGGCGAGGAUUUCGUCGGCGAAGGGGAGCGUGGGGUCGGCGUCGCGAGCGCGCGUGGCGAAGGAACGGCUGCC